AUGAGCAAUAAUCCUUAUACAGUUCAAUCUACAAUUAAUUAUUGCAGACUUCUAAUUGAAUAAGGAUAUAUUAAUGAAAUUGUUAAACCAAUUGAAGAAUGGAUAAAUCCAUUAAAUAUUUAUAAAUUAAAUAGUUUAGAUAAUUUAGACGAAAAAUUAGAAUAAUUAUAAUUUGAAUAAUUUGAUCAUAAUAGUUUAUAAACAUCAGGUUUAAAAUGGUUGACUGAUGAUAAACCAGUUGAUGAAGCUGAAAAGUAACUAUAAUAAGAAUUAAAAAAGUUUGAAAACAAUAAUGCAGUAUUUAUGGAUGAAGGAGAAGCAAAGUAAUAAAUGUUAUUGAAAUAAAAGAAUAAGAUAUCUUAAUAAUAUUCAUUGUGUUUACAAUUAUUUGAAGGAAUACUUCACACAAAAUUUAAAGAAUAAUUUAUCAAACAAUAUUUUGAUAAAUUAUCUGUUUUUGCUAAAGAAAUCCAAACUAGAUAUGAUUGUUGUAUGUUUUUACUAAAGUAUUUUGAAACUAAUCCAUUAUUAUAGCAAUUUAAAUGGCCUCUUACUUACUUCUUUUUAGAACGUAGUAUGAAUUCUAUACCUAAUGAUAAGAUUCUAGAAAAAAUUAAUUAAUUUUAAGAUUGUCUUAUGAAAGAUAUCAAAAAUCCACCUAUCCAUAUAAUUCAUUUAAUGAACUUAUACAUUAUUAAUUAAAAUUCAUUUACUUCUAUUACUAAAUUCAAAACAUUUGCAAUUAUUCUAAAAUAUAAGAAUUAAUUAUCAAUUAAUGAAUAUUUUACACCUUUUGUUAACAAUAUCAAUAUUUGUAGACAUGCAAAAAAUGCAGGAUAAGUAUUAUAAUUGAUCUUUAAUAAAGAUAAUGAUGAACAUUAUAAUUUAUUCUUCAAUAAUAUAUUGAAUCUUGUACCAGAAGCUUAAAAUUUAAUUUUGAAAACUAUACCAAGUUUACCUGAUAAUUUUGAUAUUCACAUUAAAGUCAGAGUAUUAGCUGAAUUUGAUGAUACUAAAGAAUCUGCCUUACCUUUUGUGGAUUAAGAAUUUAAAGUUUUAAAUUAAAUUCAAAGAUGGGACAUAGUAAGUUUUGUAAAGAAAUUUCCUAGAGAACAUAGUGAAAUUAUGAUUAAUUUAUUGAAUGAUGUAAAUGGAUUCCCAGAAAUGAUAAUUUAAGCAGCAUCUAAAUUGGUUGUUGAUUAAUCAUUAUUAGAAGAAUAAUUAGAAUUUUUCCCUUAUUUUGUUAGUAAAUAAUUAAACACAUAUCCAAAAUAAUUAAUUGGUAAUACUAUAGAUUUAUUAAUUUAAUAUUCAUCUACUCCAGAAAGAUAAUAAUUAGCAGUACUUUGUAGAGAAGCAGGUGUCUAAUUAAUUAAAUGUGUAGGUAAAGAAAACUCUAAUGAUAUUUUGAAUUAAAUUGAAAAUCAUCUCCAAUCAAAAAAUACUUGUGCAUCUAUACGUGCUUUAACAUUUUUAGGUGUUUUGUCUUAAUUUUUAUAAGGACAUAACUAACGUAAAACUUAAGAAUAGAUUGUUUAAUUAUUUAGAAAUAGUGAUGAAGAUUCAUAAUUAGAAUUAGCCCGUUCAUUAUAAGAAUUAUUGAGCUUUUUUCCAGAUACUGAAAAUCUGGUUAUUGAAUUAUUGAAAUCAAAUAAACAAGAAAAGGAUGAGAAGGUUAAGAGAGGUAAUGCUUAUAUGAUAGCAGGUUUAAUAAAAGGUUUGGGUGUAGAAAAGAUGGAGAGUUUUAAGAUUUUUGAAAAUUUAGAAGUGAAAGAAAAAAAGGAAAGUUUAGAGGAUAAAUUCAAUGUUCUUAUUUAAUUAUAAGCAAUGAUUGAAUUAUUUUAGAAGACAUUAGAACCAUAUGUAUUAAAAGUGAUGUACUUAUUAAUGAAAUAUUUUGGAGAAGGUAGAGUGGAAAUACGUAAUUUAGCCAUGAAAAAUGCAAGUAGAUUAUUGUAAUCUCUUUCAAGUUAUGGUGUUAAGAUUAUGUUAUAAUCAUUACUUACAGGUUUAGAUUCUGAUACUUAAUGGAGGGCUAAAGUUGCCAAUAUAUGGGCAUUAGGACAUUUGGCACAUUGUUCACCAAAAUAAUUAUCAAGUUGUCUUCCUUAGAUUGUUAAUUCUAUUUCUAAAGCUAUUUCUGAUACUCAUCCUGAUGUAAAAGCAGAAGCUUAUAAAUCAUUGAAUGAAAUAGGAUCUACUAUUAAAAAUCCUGAAAUUUCAAGUAUUUCAGAUAUACUCAUUAUCUCAUUAUCAAAUCCUUAUGAUGAGAAUUUAAGAGGAUUAUAAGUUGUAUUGGAAACAAAGUUCAGACAUUAUAUUGAUGCUCCUGCUAUGUCAUUAUUAAUACCAAUUAUAGAUUAUGGUCUAAGAGCAUAAGACAGUGAUUAAAGAAGAUAAGCUUCUAUUUUAACAGGAGGAUUACCUCAUUUAAUAUAGAAAAGUGAUGAUUUAGUACCAUAUAUGAAUUUAAUAACUGGUGGAUUGGAAGUAGUAAUAGGAGAUCCUUUAUUGGAAGUAAGGACAGUUGCAGCAAAAGCAAUAGGUUAAUUAUCACAAAAGAUUGGAAUUGAAAAUACUAAGAUUUUCUUUAAAUUUAUAUGGGAUGUAUUGGAGAAUAAAGAAGCAAGUACAAAUAAGAGAUCAGGUGCAGCUCAUGCAUUUGCUGAGAUUACUUGUAUUCAUGGAGAUAAUUAUUUAGAGGAAUAAUUAUAAUUUAUAUUCAAUUAGAUAUAGAGACAAGAAAUAUAUGUUAAAGAAGGAUAUAUAGGAAUAUUUAUUUAUAUUCCAAGUAUUUUAUAAUAGAAAUUUUAAAAUUAUGUAAAAGAUGUAAUUGAGAAUGUUUAUGAAUGUGUAAGUCAUGAAGAUGAUGUAGUAAGUAGUAUCACAUUGAGAGUAUUAAAGAUUUUAAUUAAGAAUUUUGGUAUUUUAUAGAAUGAAUUAUUAUAUCCAUCAUUGACAGAGACUAUGUUAAAUGAGGAUGCAAAGAAACGUAAUGCAGGAACUAUUUUAAGUGGAGAAAUGCUCAAAAUAACACAGAAAUAUGUGUAUGCUUAAUUAAAUAAUCCAGAUAGUCACUAAUAUAUUAAUAUUGAUUUAUAUUAUUUGAAUUUGAUGACAUUAUAUACAAUGUAAUAGGAUGUUGUAGAUAUUGUUAGAUAAAAUGCAGUUGCAAUUUGGAAGGAAUUUAUAGAUAACACUCCUAAGACUUUGAGGAAAGGAUUGAAAUAAUAUGUUAUUUAAUUGUGUAAUAUUAUGAGUAGAGAUCGUGUUGUAUAGAAUGGUAUUAAUACUAUUAGAAAUUUCUGUGAAAAAUAUGAAGAAACUUAAAUUAGUGAAGCAUUCAAUCAUAUAGGUUAUGUCUUAUAGAAUUAUUAACAUAAUUUGUCAUUAGUUAAAGGAGCUUAUUCAACAUUAAAUCAGAUAUAUAUUUACAUAUCUUUAGAUUUAGCUACAAAAUAUAGAGAUUAAUUUAUUGAAUAUUCAAGAUUGUAUAUCUUUUGUAAAGAUAAUUUGAUUAAAUCUUAAAUAUUUUAAUCAAUAGGUACAAUGAUUAAUAAAGUUAUGUAAACUAAAUUUAUUGAAUUAAUCAUUGAACCAUAUUUAAAAGAUUUGUCUAAUAUGAAUGAAAAUGAUCCUAGAUAUUCAAGCUAUUUAGAAGUAUUUUCCAGAUUAUGUUAAUUGAAUUAGACUUUAGUAUUGCAUUAUUUAAUAGUGUUGAUUUUGGUACCACCUCUACAUUAAUUCAAAAUUGACAUUCUAACUAAUAAUGCAUCUACAUUCUCUGGUAUAAUAUAUAAAUAAUAUGAUAAAAAAAUACCAAUUUAGAUAUUGUUUAAUGAUCUCUAUUUAUGUGCUGAUAUCAAUGAUCAUAAUGAAUGGAAUGAUAGAACUUAGUCUCUAAUAUAUUGUAUUCAAUAAUUGAGUAUUCACAUUAAAUCUGAUCUUGAAAACUAUUUAGCAAUAUUUAUAGAAGAUAUUCUUAGAUAAUUAUAAGCUAAAAGUAAACCAAUCUUUGAAUUUGAAGGACAAUCUAAUGAAUAUAAACAUUGUCUUAUUCCCUUAGAAUUAUUAUAAUACUUCUUAUAAAAUACAUCUGAGGAUCAUUAAUAAUUCUCUCAAGUAAUAAUUGAAAAAGUAACUCCUUUCUUAUAUUUAUAAUCAACUAACCUUUCUUAUCAAUAACUUGAAAAAUUCUACAAUUUGGCCAAUAAAAUCAUUUAUGCAAUUAAUAACACAUUAGAUAAGUAACAUCAUUUUGAUAAUAUGCGAAACAUACAUACUUGUUUCAUGAAUCGAAUAAACAUAGAUCUAAUACCUGGUCUGAAUACAUAAGAUGGAGCAGGAAUAGAACCCUAUGUCUCUAUGCUCCUUGAUAGUUUUGUAUUUGGCAAGGAGGAAACAUUCAAACAUGCCUAUGACUUCAUGAAAGUUUUAAUAAGAUUUUCUGAAUAAUAGUAACUUCAAAUUUAUAUUCUUAAAUUGAUCGGUUCUCUUAUUCGUAUCCUAAAUUAUAAGGGCAACAACGAACUUAAAGUCUUAGCUUUAUAAUUAGUAUAUGAAUCACAAGAGAAAGGACUUGAACUUCUAAAGUUUAAGCCUCAAUUGGCUAUCACUUAUGAUAAAUUAAUAAUUGACAUUAAUUAAGUAUAGGGAGGAUUAAAAUAACUUGCAAAAAAUUAUAGUUAAUUACUUAAAUUACAUAAUAAAAAAGUAUAUUAUAUAUUCUAUUAAUAAUAGGAUCUACUUCUUAAUCAACUCUUUAAUAAGGGUGUUUAAAGUGUUACAUAAGAGGCUAGAGAAUGUCAUUUGAAAAUAGUGAAGAAAAUAAUAAAGGAUCAAUAAGAAUAAGUUUAUUCCUCUGCUGUCUUAGAAAGGUUCUUCUCUCUCUCUAAAUAAUAUUUUGAGAAGUGUAUCCAAACUUAAAAAUUUGAUCUUGCUUCUCCUUGUGAAUUGAAUUUUCUAGGUAUUUUGAUAUAAAUUAUAUUCAAUUAGCCCAUAUUCUUGCAUUAACAUAUCAUUACACUAAUAAAAACAAUAAGGAAUAAUACAUUCAGAAAUACCUUUAGUUUGAUCAAUAUGGUUUACUUUUAAAAUUACAAUUUGUCAGAUAUUAAAUGAAAGAAUUAAUACCUGAUACAAUAAAAUAUGCUAUUGAAUAAAUAAAUUCUAAUGAAAAUAUGUCUUAUGUGCUAUAAUUAUUGAGAACUUUAAGGAAAUUCUCAAAUAUAUAGAUUAAAAAAUAAUUAAAGCCAAAAUUCAUGGAGGUUCCACAAAUUUUAAGUGCGUUAUCAAAAUUAUAAUGA